CUCUCUCCCUCGUCGCUUCAUAGUUCAAUUUGCAGCCUUCGGAAUCAGGUAACGGAGCCCGAACUUGCACUCUGUGGUGCAUGACGGAGCGCUCGGGAGCGCUGUGGCGCGUGGUUGGUGCAGUCUGGGACAUGCGCUGUGGACCAGCGGCGGCGAGUUUGAAUAGUAUGGAGGUAGACACAAUUUGGCGUCUGGUUGUUCACUGCCCACGCGCUAUCGGAACUGUUUUCACUAGACCAAUCUGGCAGCACGUGUCGCAGGUUUGCAAGAUCAUUGAGACUUUUCAGCUGGAAAUAGAGUGAGAGAUGCCGCCGCCUCAUCCGACGCCCGCCGGUCACUACUCUCAUCCUAAGGAGAAGAAGACUCCAGGAGGAACGUCAUGUCACUUGGGCACCCCCACUCAAUCACUGCGGCGAGUAGUGAAGCCUCUGGGAGAGCACAACAGGUCCCGCAGCCACUCGCCCGCGUUAGACUCUCUCAGCGUGAAAGACAAGAGGACUCCGCGCUCCAAGACAACAAUGCUUCCUGGAGUGGAUCUCACUCGAAGGUUUGCCGAUAGUAUUCAUGGACCUUGCUCGUUAGCUACUAACCGGGGCUUAGUCGACAUUAGAAGUCCCCGCGGGUCGCCAACCUUGGAUCGUAUACACGAGGGAUGCCCGUCGUCACUUGGCCGUGAGAAGAAGGGGCCAGGCACAGGAACUAAGACGCGAUUGCGAGGGGUUGAUGAUACACCCCCUGUGAAGAAAGCCAUAGCCUUUUCCACGCCUUAUGGGAAAGAUAGCUUUAGAAAGCAUGAGAAGCUAGUCAAACGGAAAGAUUUGAAUGAGCGCUUUAUCCACGAAGCGAAGAAAGAUCCCACCACCACUCCGGCUAUAGGAACCCCGCCCCUAUCUACCAAGCCGCCUAUUGAUCGUCAUGCAAUGGCGGAUAUUCCUCAUAUCUCUAAGGAUCUCAAUUUUACCCAGCUGAACCAUAUUGAUGGCCAGAGCAAGUUUCCCAUGUUUCGGGACUUGACAAUGCCGAUGGGCUGCAGAUUUGUGGGAAAGGCCAAUGGUAGUGACAUAGUGUCUCUUACAGAGAUCGUGUCUCCGAGAGACAGCAUUCAUGAUUUAAUGGCAGUUAAAAUGGGCCAUCGCUCCUCCGAUGUAGUUGAUGGUCUGUUUCUCGUUAAGGACGCCCCAUCCGAGUUGGGUUUCAACAGCACGGAGCUGUUCAUGUUAGGACCUAAAUCUCUUUCUGGAAAUGCUCUUGGGCCUGAAAUUUGGAAAGAUGUGCGAACUAGUGGAGCUGCGAUUUCAAGUUCCAGAAAAGAUGUGUACCGCAUGGAGAACAUGUGUGAAGACCACAUGUCUAAAGUGGACGAGUAUGGAGGAGAUGCCGUAUUAUCUCCUCUGCUGUGCAAAUCUCCGGAGUUGAUGAGCAAGGGCUUCUCAGCAGACGAAACGAACCUGAAUUGGGAGUUGCGGGAGGAUAACGUGGCCCAGGAGUGGUUCCGUUCUAGAGGAAGUAUGAGCUGCUUUGAGUCCUUCAGCGGGGGCAGCAAGACACCUGAGCCGCAGCCCUCGAAGUCGCCGGAGCUGAGUAAGCGGGCAAUCGGCGAAGGAUCACGAGUAGGAUCCUUCCUUGGUAGCUCUGGAGUGGACCGGCAGGACGAUGUCUUGCAUCAACACACCCCUUCUCCACAAGCGACCAGCUCUCCAGAAUUUUUGAAGCGUGGCUCAGUACCUCCAUCAACGGGGGGAUGCUUCGGUGCAGGUCCCUUGAUGGGUCCAGAAGGGCGAUCUGUGAAGGACAGACGAAAAUGCAAGCCUCGAGGUAUCUUAACAAUCGAGGGAGAAUUCUUAUGCAGCUCCGGAAGUGCAGAACUUUUUGAUGAAGAAAUACAGUUCAAGGAAACCAUCUCUGUCCCAGCCUUAGCGUCUGUCGAAUGGAUGGUUGCCGAAGGCUGCGAUGCUGAGCUUACUGGGCAGUCAUCCUUCAGAGGUAGUCGAAACGUGGGUGCGCUCGACACAGACGCUAGCUUGAAGAUCUCGCCGGGGUCAUUUAAUCAUUUGUUGGGUCUCGGAGAGUGUGCGUCUGCCGCUCCACGGCACAGUAGAAGUAAGAGUGCUGGAUCAGAGCAAAUGUUCUGGAAGAAAGGUUUGCUUUACGAGUGGAACCUCUCCUUGUCCGACCAAAAGAGAGCAGAGAGUCCUUCACCCGUAGCAGAAGAAACAAGAGACUCUCCAAUAGGGAAGUUGCGUGAUUUCUCUCCUAUGGUCACACCGCCCUCUCGUCCAAGUGAUUUCACAGGCAAUUCCCUCGUUCUCGGUGCUUUGGGAUCCGUGACUGACACACCUCCCAGCUGCAGAGCAUCAGAGGUUCCUGGAGAGGAUGAAGUUGACUCCACAAAUGGAACGAACAGAGCCGACAAUGUUGGUCAGCAAGGAUCUAUGUCCGUUGCAAAAGCCCUCAGAGAGUUGUCUCUUGAUAUACAGUCCGCACCGUUGUCAUUGAGUUUUUCUCUCGAAUCUUCCCCCGAUUCAUGUGAAUCAUGGCAGGACAUGUAUACAUCCGAGAGCACAAGGUGGUCGAAUGCUAGCAGCAGGGGGGAAUGGGGCGACUAUCUACGUAACAACAGAUAUGAAGGCUUUGACAGUCAAUUCCGUUUCCAUGCCACGGAAGAGCAUUAUCCUUCAACCAAUGUGGAUACCUACACCAAAUCUGCAUUCAAGGAAGUGUCUUCUACUUACUCAGAUAGAGGGGACUCGGUUUUGUGCACACCCAAUUCGACUGUCACUUCCUAUUCGAAUAACUUCGAGUCACCCGACGGAGACACUUGGAAGAAAUUCUCAGUCAGCAAGGGUCCAAAGGGUGUUAUGCUGAACGAUGUGGAACGUAUGUCCACUGCUCCUUUCAGCAGAGACGCAUCACCCGACAUCGUGGGGAUCAGCAUUUCCAUUAGUGGAGCACCCUCUCUGGACAGCAGCAGCGACGACUUCGAAGUUCCUAGGUAUCACCAUGCCGUUGAAGGGGUUUCUAUGAACCCAGUCCACACCACACCUCCAGAGACAGGGGAGGACACGAAGGUGCACCGAGAAAGAUUUCACCUUUACGAAGCAGACUAUUCCCCCUCUUCUCUUCUGAAGGCCGAUGCAUUCAGUGGGGUUUCUGUUUCAGUUAUGAAACCACGAGGAAGCUGAACAGCAUGUUCGGCCACUGGUGAAUCCGCCAAGGUGGGCAUUGUCAAUUGCAGUGUUCUAUCUCGAAAGUUGCGAGUGCUCGUAGUCAACAAGAUAUUGAAGUGACUCUGUUUUUGCAGGUUUUUAAAUGACUCGUGCGUAUGUAGAGUGCACGUGUUACUGUAUUAUUCAGGUAGUACGCUGAAUGGCUGGUAACUGAGUUAGGCAAUUUCGAUAAACCAUUGACUGGAAAUCUUGAUUACAUUGUUGUUGACCUGACUGAAGAACUGCACUAGGCAGCGGAUAGAGACAGCAGAUUUCCAACCCACUGGUUAACUUGAUAACCUAUGGUUCGAUGCUGAAAUAUGUUAUAUAUCUGUACUACGAAGUGUCAAGCAACUUAAAAUGAAUGCCUAUAUACAAGGGUAAGAGUUUCGUCCA